UUUUUCCUUUUUCUCUUCUUCCGUAGCUGAAAAAUACACAGAGGUUGAGAACCAGAAAGAAAAAAAGGGUUUUUUUCAGACAGGAAAAAAUGGCGAGUUCUGAUGAUGCUUCGUUUCCAGCUGCUGAUGUUGAUAAAGAAUUGCAUCCUGGACACAACCAGAGGGUUGAAGUUGAUUCGGUAUCAUCUGACAUUGCUGCCUCAAAAGAGAUCAAGGCAAAAUGUGAGGCAAACCAAAAGGAGAAAGAAAGGCAAAAGAGGGAUGCAAUGCAGAAACUGAAGUCAGCAAUCAUGGUUUCAGCAGUGAUUGUGGCUGUGGCUGGUGCUGCCUUUGCCAUUACCAAGAAAUUGAGAGAGAAAUGAGAGCAAUGGAAUUGAGUCCCCCCUAUUCCCCUGACUCAUUAUAACAACUACUUGUAAUUUCUUCUUUUUGUCUUUUCGGUUACUCCUAUUUACAUGCCUUAAUCUGCUAUGCCCAUACAAGAAUGAAGAAACUCAUUACUUCCAGGAGAUUAUUUGUUGUGGAAGUUGAGAGACAUGGGGUAGUUGCUACUUUCUUUUGUAAAACUAGUUUGUGAUAAAUAAAGCAUGAAACCAACAACCUUAAUUCUUA